CCAUAAGCUGGUUUGCCAACCGCCAUUAAAACAUCAAAAGAAGAAGAAGUUCUUUUGAGGCGGUGAUUAAUGGUUUAUGAUUGUUUUAUUGAACGCGUUAAGUUUUAUUUACAUGACGGUUAGAUGAAGUUACAGCAGACGCUCGCCGUAUCUUCAGCUGUUUUAAGCCGCAUUAGGCAUGUUGUUUGAGAACAACCUGAAGCUGCUGCGGAUGUGCGGCAGGACUGUGUGUGAAGGACUGCUGAUCCAGCGAGCACACAAACACAAGACAGCCCAGCUCUCAGAGAAGAAGCUGAGCCGCUAUUUCGUGGAUCAUCGCAGGGUGAAGGUUGUGGCGGGAUCGGGCGGUGAUGGAGCCUCCACCUUCCACAGCGAGCCUUGGAAAGAGUGGGGAGGUCCAGAUGGGGGGAAUGGAGGUGCUGGAGGAGACAUCAUCAUCAGAGUGGACCGGCAGGUGAAGUCACUGUCGUCCGUGUCAACAGUGUAUCGUGGGAAAGACGGAGAGGCAGGAAGCAGUAAAAACCGCUUCGGACGCAAUGCCAGCCCCACCUACAUCACAGUUCCUCUGGGCACUGUUGUAAAAGAAGAGGGUGAGAUGCUGGCGGACCUCUCGCUCCAUGACCAGCUGUACACCGUGGCGUACGGAGGUGCCGGCGGGAAGGGGAACCGCUUCUUCCUGUCUAAUGAGAACAGAGCGCCGCUGACGGCCACGCCGGGAGAGAAGGGCCAGGAGCGAGUGGUUCGGCUGGAGCUGCGCACCAUGGCCCAUGCCGCACUGGUUGGCUUUCCAAACGCAGGCAAGUCGUCUCUGUUGCGAGCGAUCUCGAACGCCCGACCGGCUGUGGCUGCGUACCCCUUCACCACGCUCAAGCCUCAUGUGGGCAUCGUCCAGUACAGAGACCACCAGCAGGUGGCAGUCGCUGAUAUUCCCGGGCUGAUUCCUGGAGCUCAUCUGAAUCGCGGGCUCGGGGUCUCUUUCCUGCGGCACAUCGAGCGCUGCCGUGUUUUGCUGUAUGUGCUGGAUAUGUCGUCUGCAGAGCCCUGGGAACAGUUCCAGCAGCUGUGCUUCGAACUGGACCAGUACAAACCUCAUCUGUCCCACAGACCUCAUGCCAUCGUGGCUAACAAAAUGGACCUGCCAGAAGCCAGGCAGAACCUGGAGACUCUGAGGAGUCGCGUCCAUCAGACAGUCAUUCCCGUGUCUGCACUGAAGGGAGACAACACCGGAGAGCUGAUCCUGCACCUGAGAACCAUGUACGACAGCUACCCUCAGGACAGCAGUCAGUCUUAGCAAAGAUCUGCCUUUCUUCAGGUUCUGUUCAAAUUCAGCUCACAUGCUGUCAUAACUGACCCCUACCUGCUUAUAGAAAAGCACUUGUGGCCGUAAAUGGGAUCGGAGAGCUAAACAUUAUGCAGGUUAAUACGAGACUACUGUUGUCAUCACUUACGUCACUUAUGCUUAAAGAAUUAGUUCGCUUUUAAAUGAAAAUUACCCCAAGCUUUACUCACCCUCAAGCCAUCCUAGGUGUUUAUGACUUUCUUCUUUCUGAUGGACACAAUCGGAGCUAUAUUAAUAAAUAUCCUGACACAUCCGAGCUUUAUGGCAGUGAACGGGGGUCAUGAGUCUGAGCUGAAGAAAGUGCUUCCAUCCACAUCCAUCCAUCAUAAACAUACUCCACACAGCUCCGGAGGCUUAAUAAAGGCCUUCUGAAGUGAAGCGAUGCGUUUGUGUAAAAAAAAAAAAAAAAUCCAUAUUUAAACAAGUUAUGAAGUAAAAUAUCUAGCUUCUGCCAGACCGCCUUCUGUAUUCAGUGUACGAAGAAAGUGUAAAACUCUUGCAUUUCAAAAAGCUUACGCUACGUCCUACACCUUCCCUAUUCAACUUAUGGAAAAAGUGUAACUGACGCGACGCCAGUUUACACUUUUUUCAUAAUUUGAAUACGGAAGGUGGUCUGGAGAUAUUUUACUUCGUAACUUGUUAAAUAUGGAUAUUUUUUUUACACAAACGCAUUGCUUCAAUUCAGAAGGACUUUAAUAACCCCAUGUGGAGUACAUUUAUGAUGGAUGGAUGUGGAUGGAGGCACUUUCUUCAGCUCAUACUCGUGACCCCUGUUCACUGUCAUUAUAAAGCUUGGAUGCAUCAGGACAUUUAUUAAUAUAACUCUGUGUUCAUCAGAAAGAAGAAAGUCAUAUACACCUAGGGUAGCUUGAGAGUGAGUAAAGCUUGAGGUAAUUUUCAUUUGAAAGGGAACUAAUCCUUUAACAUGUGCAGUUACUGUAUUUACAGUCUGUGUUGUCAUGACGUGAAGCUGCUAAGCUGGGACGUUUCACGCUUUCACGAGGAUCAUGUGAGUGAGGGAUAAUGAACCCUUGCGUAGUCCUGCACAAUAAACCCUGUUAUCGCACAAUAAACCCUGAUCCUCUUCAUGUCGGGAUCUCGUCACUUUAUUUUGGGAUGGUGCAGCUGUAUGAACAAGUGUGCAAAAGUAUUUUGUAUUUUUAUAAAUAAUAGAGUAAUUAUUUACACGCUGUUUAUAAUUUUCUGGUUUAAAAGCCAUAAACUGAAGUUUGUAAUAAAACUUCUUUUAACCUUUGGCCUGCCUCAGUAAUGUGGUACUUCUGGUGCUGUAGAAAGACAUUUUCACAAUUUCUGAAUUAGCUUGGUCACUGUAUCAUUUUACUUGCAUGAGCCGAGGAAUCUAAAGAGACCGGUAUACGUGACCGUAAGUAGUCAAAAGUUAGAAGGUUGGGGGGGGGGGGGGGGGGGGAAUCCAGCUUAGAGUAAAUAAUUUAAUAUGCAUCUGAUCUAACUGACCGCAUAGCCUGCGUGGAAUACUUUAAAAUGAAUGUGGAAUGUAACUGCACCUUAACAACUGGUUAAAAACUGGAUCACUGUUUAUGUAACUUUUUGAAUUUUGGCAUGGCAUAAAUUGUAGCCUCUGACACAAACAAGAUCCCUUUAUACAGUAAGUGAAACUGGUAGAGCUCUUUGAGUAGCCAAUGUAUCGGAUCAAACGGCAAAUAACUGUCAGCAAACACCGCAAAUUAAAAAUUCAUUAAAAAUGCAA